AUGUUUUCUUGUGUCCAGUCCUCCAGCACCAGGCUGAUGUUCUGCACCACCGGCGUCCUUUUGCGCAGGUUAGAGGGCGACUCUGAGCUCAGCGGCAUCACACAUGUGAUCGUGGAUGAGGUCCAUGAACGGACAGAAGAGAGUGACUUCCUGUUGCUGGUUCUGAAGGAUCUGAUUGCAAAAAGAAUGGAUCUGAAAAUAAUUAUGAUGAGUGCAACCCUGAAUGCUGAGCUCUUCUCACAGUACUUCAACAAAUGCCCCAGCAUCCAUAUACCAGGACGCACGUUCCCAGUGGAGCAGUUCUUUCUUGAAGAUGCCAUCGCUAAGACCAGGUAUGUAAUUGAAGAUGGUAGUCCAUAUCGGCGCUCCACAAAGCAAACUCGUCCCUCCGGUCAGGGUGGCAGGGCUGGGAAGGGACGGGCUCCUGUUGAAGACUUUGAUGAUGAUCGUGGCUGGUCCUUUACGUCCUUCACGAAAAAGGAUUCGGUCAAAGACUCCGUCUCUGAUCAGCAACUCAGUCAACAAGAGCUCACUGUCCGAUAUUCCAAUUACUCAAAGUCUGUAGUGAAAACAUUGUCUGCCAUGGAUCUUGAUAAAAUCAACAUGGACCUUGUGGAGAGUCUGUUGGAGUGGAUUGUUGAUGGAGACCACAGCUACCCACCAGGUGCUGUUUUGGUCUUCCUACCAGGACUUGCUGAAAUAAAGCAAUUAUAUGAGCAGCUCCAGUCUAACAGGAUGUUCAAUAAUAGAAGAACAAACAG